AUGCUCCGCGUCAUCCUAUCCGGCACCAUUUCAUCCGUCUUUAUCGGCAUGGCUGGGGCCUCAUUUGGCGCUCUAGUCUGGGACACGGCAACGAUCCCCUUCGUGGCGUCCGCGUGCACCGGCUUCGUGCUGGGCGCCGUCGGCUUCUACCGUGACGCGGUGCGCAAGUCGCUGCGCAGCCUCGACCGAUACCCACGUCUGCUGCGGCUGCAUCUCGACGCCAACUUUCCUCACCGCGGCUUCGAGACUUGGCCUCUCGAUGACCUCCGGAGCUCCGUCUUUCGCAAGAACUGGGUUCUGCGCAGCAUGCUGGUUGCUAGCUGGUUGACUGCCACGGGCGCCUUGGAUGUCCGUUACGCCCCCGCCGAUCGAAUUCCCACCGCCAAAUCGGCUCGAAGCCGUGGCAGUUAUCUGCGCGUCAGCUUCAAGAACACCCGCGAGACUGCCCAGGCCAUCAACGGCUGGAAACUCCAGCGCGCUGUCAAGUACCUCGAGAAUGUCCAAGAACUGAAGGAGGCCGUGCCUAUGCGAAGAUAUGCUGGAAGCACUGGUAGAAGCGCACAAGGCAAGGCAUUCGGAGUCUCCAAAGCCCGUCACCCCGUCAAGUCGGCCGAGUUCCUCCUUGGCCUACUCAAGAACGCCGAAGCCAAUGCCGACACCAAAGGCCUCGAUACCUCCAACCUGAUCGUCAAGCACAUCCAAGUCAACCAAGCCCCCAAGCAGCGCCGCCGAACCUACCGUGCCCACGGUCGUAUCAACCCUUACAUGUCCAACCCAUGCCACAUUGAAUUGAUCCUCACUGAGGCCGAGGAGGCGGUUACCAAGGCCGAGGACUUGGAUGUCGCCAAGGGAGCCAAACUGAAUGCUAGACAGCGAGGCGCUCAACGACGGAGAGCAAUCACUUCUUCGUAG